ACUGGUGACUAGCUGCCCCUGCAUAACGGCCUAGGCUCUUUCAUGAAUCCUAAUCAUACGGUUCCAUCAGCAAUAUCAGACCAAGCGAAAAGAUUUGGUCUCUGGUAAAAGCAAAAGCAGAAUCUGGAGCCAAAUGACGUAUUUUGAGCACACACCUCUGACACACUGCUGAGAUGAUCAAGGAGCCGGAAAGUGCUUCACAAUACCCUCACCACCCCAUCAACCCCACCGCCUAAAGAAACCAGUCCACAGGAAAAAGGAAAAGGGGGUGUGACGCGGUGCGCAUCAGGGAUCUGGAGUCGCGCGGUGAAGCUCAGACACCCGGAGUGUUUGCACCGCUCCAACUUUUACCGCCUGGAGGAGAGAUGAUCAUGUCUCGCAGCCAUGGUUCCCGAAAAUGACUCGUGCGCGCUCUUUAACGACACCGUGUGUAACGGGACCGGAGCGCACCACCCGGCCUUGCGCCUCUCCCGGGCGCUUCCUCUGGGUCUGGUCCUGGGUGCGUUUAUCGUGUUCGCGGCGUUAGGCAACGCGCUGGUGGUGGCGUCGGUGCUGCGGGACAGGCGACUUCGGGCGCCCACGCACUGGCUGAUCGCGAACCUGGCGGCGGCGGACCUGCUUCUCAGCGCCGCCGUGCUGCCGGUGUCGGCGGCGCACGAGAUCCUGGGGCGCUGGGCGUUCGGCAGCGUGUUCUGCGACGUGUGGGCCGCGCUAGACGUGCUGUGUUGCACGGCGUCCAUCCUGAGCCUGUGCGUCAUCUCAGUGGACCGGUACGUCGGCGUGAGCCGCCCGCUGGCCUACUCGCGCAUCGUGACGCGUCGCCGCGCCGCGCUCGCUGCGCUCUCGGUGUGGCUCGCCUCCGUGCUCAUCUCCGUCGGCCCACUGCUCGGCUGGAAGCAGGCGCGCUCGCCGGACGACACCGCGUGCGACAUCACCGAAGAGCCCUACUACGCGCUCUUCUCGUCGCUCACGUCCUUCUACAUCCCGCUGGCGGUCAUCCUCGCCAUGUACUGCCGCGUCUACAUCGUGGCCAAACGUACGAGUCGGAGUUUGGAGCUGGGUGUCCGGAAGGAGAGGAUCAACUCCACCGAUGUCACGCUGAGGAUCCACCAGGGCUCCAGGACGCGCGAGGAAGCGGCACAGCACCAUAACCAUCAACAUCACCAGCACCAGCAGAGGAGCGCGCUCAUGGUCACGGUGCUGAAAUUCUCCCGGGAGAAAAAAGCAGCCAAAACAGUGGGAGUUCUGGUCGGAGCGUUUACUGCGUGCUGGCUGCCCUUCUUCAUCACCCUACCAAUAGUCUCCUUCAACACUGACCUGCGUCCACCAAAAGCCGUCUCUAAAUUCAUCUUCUGGCUCGGCUACUUCAACAGCUGCGUGAACCCCGUCAUCUACCCGUGUUACAGCCGCGAGUUCCGCCGGGCGUUCGCCCGAAUCCUGCGCUGCUGGAGGCGUGGCUCGGCGUGGAGAACGUUUCCACCUCCUGGCGUCGCCUCCCCCUUCUGCCAGGCCAGGAAAGACUCCAGAGACUCCAUGGAGAACUUCAGCAGCUACAUGUACGGCAGCCAUAGAACGCUGUCUUUCUCCAGUCCGUGUCCAAGUCCUGGGAUCAAGAGUCAGUUUCCGUUCUCUGAGCAUGGACACGGACAUGGACACGGACCCUCACGGAGCAGGAACAACUCGGUGUUGGUGGAGAAUUUUACAGAUCGGCCGCUGGAGCCUGUCAGAGAAGAUACGCUGCAAGACAACGGACAGAUCAAUCCGAAAAAUGCAGAGACUCUCUCCGGCAAGGAGACGCACGAUAAAUCAAGUGGUGAAGAUCGUUGCUCCUAAACUGAGCGACUAAUAAACUCCAUGUUUACGUGUCAUUAAUAAAUGUAAAAAAUUAGUGUUUUUUGCAAAGUCAUCGUUUUCUCACGAAGGUUUGUGGACACCUUCUCACCAUAGUAUUAAUUUUAACAUCCAAAUCCUCAUUUAAUCCUCAUUUGCUCUUAAAACAAGCUCCACUUUUUUUUGAGAUGUUGUUCCACUAGAUUUUUGGUGUUGUAAAGUCAGGUACUGAUGCAGGUGAGAAGGUGAAGAGCUGUUCACCUGCAGGCCACUCAAGACCUUCCACACCCAUGGAAAGCAGAUCUUCAUGGAACUGGUUUGGUGCACAGGGGGCAUUGUCAUUCUGACUCAGGUUUGUGGUCUUCAAGUUGAACUGAAGAGAAAAUUUCAUGCAAAGACGUCCUACAAAAUGAUGUGCUUCCAACUUUCAGUUUAGAGAAGAACCACAUGUAGCUGGAGAAGUCGUGUCCCAAUACUUUAGCUUUUUUUUUUCUUUUUACAAAUUUGUUGGUAAUUCGUUUCGAUAAAAAUAAGACCCGUGACGUUUUCUCCUCGUUUGCUCGCUUUUCUCCUCCACCCCUUUCCAGAACCUGGAGUGUUUCUCACACAGAACACCUGAUCAUCACACCUGAAAACUGUAAGUGAAGCUGAUGAUCUUCAUCCAGCCACAGCUUUAGGAUAAACCCUGAAACCCUAAAAGUCUCAGAGAAGAAAUUCUGGACUAAACGAUUUGUGAUGUUUGUGUGUUUGAUGCGACACUCGUUUAUUUAAUAAAAAGUGUCAUUUGUAAGAA